AUGUCGUUCACCCCGGAGCUCAAUAUGGCAGUCUGCGAAUUCAAUUUGGAUUCAGGAUGCAAUGCCAAAGAAUCGCUCAUUGAAAUGGCGAACAACAAGAUCUCAUUGGAAACUUUCAAAGAGCACAAUAUCAAGGCACUCACCAUGAAAUAUGUCAACUCAGAGAGUAUGAUGUGGGAAGCAAGAAAAAUUGUUAGAAUUAUUUCUCGCCUUGAAGCGGAUGAACAUCAGUCCAGAGUUGCUCCAAAAAGGUCAAGAAGUCCUGGAUCUACAUCCCCAUCUGCAUCGAACUCUUCAUCUUCUUCAAGUGAACUCUCAUUUGAUAUGUUCUCGUCUAAAAGAACCGUCCCAAUGAAAGUCACUUCAAAGCCAAAAAGAGUGAUUGCUCAAGCUUCACGGACCAUGAAGCCACAUCAGCAAGAGUCUCGUCAAGAAUCCGCUGAAAAAGAUCGAGCCAAUGAUGAGAAGUUGAAAAAGUUCAUUGAGAGCAGAAAACUGAAAGAGCAAGCAAAGAAGGCUGCAAACAUCCAAAAAUGCAACGAAGUAAAGGAAGCUGUCAUGUUUCCAGCCAAGAGAAUGAAGAAACGUCAGCUCGAGCAGUACGCCUACAGAUUCAAGUAA